UAUGAUAGAUUAUCGAGCCAUAAAAUUUAAUUUGAGUGUAUAUGGUACAUAUGUAAAACAAAGAGAUGACGGAGAGACAGUUAGCACAAUAAAGCAUUUUAGAACUGCAUACAAAUCUUUAUACAUUUAUGAAGAUAUUGUAAAUGAGCUGAAUUCUGCAAUAGAAUGUUUACUAACAUUGAGCAGUGAAUUCCAAGAAAAAGACUCUGGCUGGGCUAUUCAAAAUUUUGACUAUUUUGAAACCACCAUUAUAAAACUUGAAAAUAUUCCUGCUAGCGGUUACAUACAGGCUCCUAAAAAAAUAAGAGCCCGAAAUGCGCUUAUAAACGUUCAGAAUACUGACGUAUUUUGUUUUAAGUGGUGCAUACUAGCAUCCAUAGCAAAUAAAGCCCAUGAGAAUGCUAGUUUCUCAACACCACAACAAAGGAAAUAUUCAAGAGAAAAAAUGACAAAACCAAAAAACUACAACAUUAACAUCAAUGAUGAAAUUAUUAUAUAUGACGGAAUAACGUUGAAUUUUUCGGGAAUUAUAUUUCCAAUCGAUAAACUUGGUGUACGACAUUUUGAGAAAAAUAAUGCGGACUUCAGCAUAAACAUUUAUGAAAUUGAUGAAGCUGGCGAAAAAAUUAUUGGACCAACUGUUCAAACAAAAGAAAGAAGACCAAACCACAUAAAUAUUUGGGUAUCGAUAAUAUACACCAAAAUAUGAUGCACUACGCCUAUAUAACAAAUGUGUUUACAUUAUGUUCAUCACAAUUUUCCAAAGCCAAAUCGGGAGGAUACUUUUGUGAAAAUUGUCUUCAGUGUUAUCACGUUAAAAACACUACACACAACAAAUUUGAAUGCGGAAAAGUGGCGUCGUUUUAUCCAGAGCCUAACACAAAAACGUCGUUUAAAGGAUACCACAAGAAAUUAUCUCCUCCGGUGGUGAUAUAUGCCGAUAUUGAGGCUGUUCUGGAAAGUUACAGAACAUGCCUAAAUUCACCAUCAUCUUCGUCAACAACAAAAGUACAGAAGCAUACUGCCUGUGCAGUAUCAUUUUAUGUUGUACACAAAUAUAAUCCUAGUCAAAACGACUUGUGGACAUACGACGGUGAUGAUUGCAUGCAAAAAUUUUGUACAGCUCUGAAACAAAAAACUUCGAGUCUGUACAACAUAUAUUGGUCAACCCCGAAGAAACCGAGUGUCAGCCCCAUAGAUGUUCGCGCCCAAGAAGGUAAUUGCACCGCCUGUGAGAUGGAAAUAAAUGCGGGCGAUCUGGAUAAAUGCUACAACCAAUUUACUGGACAAUACGUAGGUCCUAUUCAUAAGAAUUGUAAGCCUAAGUACAAGUUAAGUGAUCCAUUCUUCCCAGUAGUUUUUCACAACUUAUCGAAAUACGAUCUACAUUUGUUCAUUACAAAACUAGAGGGGGAAUUAAGUCCAAUACCUUGUAAUAAAGAACUAUAUAUAGCACUAACGCAGACAAUAAAUAUUAACAGCACAAAUAGAUAUAAAAUUAGAUACAUAGAUUCAGUUAGAUUUUUAAACUCAAGCUUGGAAAAACUAGCGAGCUAUAUGGAAGACAAAGAUUUUAAAAUUCUUAGUACAAAAUUUGAGGGAGAAAAAUUUAAGCAAAUGAGGAGGAAGAAUGUGUUCCCGUAUGACUAUAUAGAUAGCACAGAGAAAUUUAAUGAGACACAACUUCCUAGUAUUGAUAGGUUUUAUAAUUCUCUCAGUGACGAAAAAUGUAGUAUAGACGAUUAUAAUUUUGCACUAAAAGUUUGGGAAUCUUUCAACUGUCAGACCAUUAAAGAUUAUUUAAAACUUUAUUUAGAAAGUGAUGUUUUAAUUUUGGCCGAUGUAUUUGAAAAUUUUAGAAAAAUUUGUCAACAGAUAUACAAGUUGGACCCCGUAAAUUAUGUUACCGCACCAUCAAUAUCAUGGGAUGCAAUGCUUAAAUUUACUAAUGUACAAUUAGAACUAAUAAGCGAUGGUGAUAUGUACAAUUUUUUAAAAAGAGCAGUACGAGGUGGGUUAACUCAAUGUACUCAGCGUAUUUCCAUAGCCAAUAAUAAAUAUUUAAAAAGCUUUGAUCCCAUAAAACCAAUAAAUUUUCUAAGUUAUAUCGAUGCAAAUAAUUUAUAUGGAUGGGCUAUGAGUCAGCCCUUACCGCUUUCAGGGUUUAAGUUUUUAGACAAAGAAGAAGUAGAAUCUUUUGACUAUAAAAAUAUAUCUGUUGAUGGUAAUAUAGGAUAUAUGCUAGAAGUUGAUCUAGAGUACCCUUCCGAUCGACAUGACCUACAUAACUACCUGCCUUUCUGUCCAGAAAAUAAAGUUCCGCCAGGGGGUAAGCAAGGAAAGUUGAUUGCUGACCUAACUGAUAAAAGUGAAUACAUAAUUCAUUUAAAACAGCUUCAACUUUGCUUAGAACAGGGUUUAAUUGUAAAAAAAAUACAUAGAGUCUUGUCUUUUACUCAAUCAUGCUGGCUGAAGCCUUAUAUUGAUUUGAAUACAGACCAAAGAAAAAUUGCUGAAAAUGAUUUUGAGAAAAACUUUUUUAAGCUUAUGAACAAUGCUAUUUACGGGAAGACCAUGGAAAACGUGGCCAAGCGCCGAAAAGUAGCUUUAGUAAGGCAUUACCAAUCGCGACAAAAUUCACCAGGUUUUAGGCAGCGCAUAGCUAGGCAUGAUUUUCAUAGCGUUGAAAUAUUCGACUCAGAUUUAGCAGCAAUUGAAUCAACACCAUCAAAAAUUAUGUAUGAUAAACCCAUAUAUAGGAGUAACUGUUUUAGAAUUAUCAAAGUGGUUAAUGUAUGAAUUUUAUUAUAACUUUCUAUUAAUUAAAAGUCCUUCUACGAAAAUAAUAUAUAUGGAUACAGAUUCAUUUAUAUUAUCUUCUAAAGAAGAUUUUUACCAAACUAUAAGGGACAAUCCCGACCGCUUUGAUACCUCUAACUAUAAGCUAGAAAACCAAUUUAAUAUAGUUCUGGCUAAUAAUAAAGAACCUGGAAAAAUGAAGGACGAACAUGCCGGUAAGAUUAUGACUUCUUUUGCUGGGCUUAAGGCUAAGGCAUACUCUUGUUUAGUUGAGGGAGAAGGAAAUGAUAUAGAAUGUAUUAAAAAAAUUAAAGGUGUAAAAAAUCAGUUAUUAAAAAACUAAAUCAUGAAGAUUAUAUCGAAUGUGUUAGACAUAAAAAAACAUUUUAUGGAGCACAGCGAGUUAUUCGUAGUAGGUCUCACAUUCUUUAUACUGAAAUUGUAAAUAAAAUUAGUCUUAACUAUAAGGAUGAUAAGAGAUAUAUUUUAACUGAUAAUGUAAAUACACUAGCCCACGGUCAUUUUAAAAUAUCUCAUAUAUUAAGCAGAGAUCAAACUAAUAAUUAAUAAUAAUAAAAAAAUAUGUUCCCAUACUUGUACAAUACAAUAAUAAAAUGUAAAAAAAAAAAUAAUAAAA